UAUAUAGCCAGAACUAGAGCUAGACAACAUCUGGAACGAAUCAUUAAAUACCAGCAUUAUCAACAUAUUUUUUCCCAUUCAAAUCUCUUCUCUUCUUUUCCUGGCCCUGAAGACACCUGUUCCUGCUGCUCUCUCAAGCCGACCACUUGCCUGUCGACAGAAUCCUUGCUGUCCGUCAUUAGACCAGAAUCCUCUAUCAUUUACGGCGACCACUCCUGCCACAACACCCACGAACCCAUCUUUUUCACUCUUUGCUUCUACGUAUACACUUUCAUCAACUGCAAAUAUAUCUCCACUCUGGGACUCAUCGAACCUUGAACCCUCCUCUCAUGUGCGACCAAUUAAAGAGGCUUUCACAAAUGCCAAUGAUUUUGAAUCCGCGUCCACCUCUUCGACUUUAACAACAGUAACAUCAAAUUUGACCUCCCACUUCCAAGUCUCUGAAUCUGCAGUCACCUCAAAGCAGGCGGAUUUUCCUAGCUCUGAAUUCGAGCCACACACGAGCCUUCUGGUCGAAAAUACGGACCUGUCAGACAGCAGACUUUCCGCUGGCCUCUUAUAUGGAAGCCAAUCAUCACUGUUUAUGCCUACACCGACUCCAAGGUUACGAGGGCCUAUUUUCGGAACAAACGAGCACCACGAAACAGUGCAGGCGGAACCUCAAUCACUAAAUAGCCAUCCAUCAGAUAGGAUUCAGCGAAAGCAGGAAAAUUCUUAUUGUUCUUCCUCUUCCGCUCUGGCCCCUAGUGUAUCAGACCAUCAUACAUUAGGCCGAAUGCAUUUGUCACAUCCUAGCAGUCAGUUAAGAACUAAGUCUGAAUCGAUUCUUCGACAGUCAGAUUCCUCUCAUAUGUUCUCCAAAUCUGCUAAACCACCAGCAAGGGAUCAACAUCGUCCGCCGUUGGCUCAAUGCCAAGUAGCUUCUCUUCAGCAGCAAUCCCGGCUCGCUCAAGUGGCAACACAUCAACCCACAUCAGGGCAGCAGCAACAUGUGCCUCAGAAGAAACAGCCAUUUGAAUCACUAUACCCGGAAGAUAUGCCAUCUAGCUGCACUCAGUCCUAG